AUGCGCCCACCGGUGCGGUUACUGCAGCCAUUGGAGGCGCCUAGCCUUCAAUUAUCAAAGAGCCUUUAUGUCUGCUCCAGUUGUCGACACAAUGUGCUCCCCGCAUGCUCGCUGAAAUACGCUCACGCACGACGCCAUGCCUCCGGCCAAACGCCGCUGACCGAACGACUUCGCCAGCGCAUCUGGGGCACCAAUCAACCACCAGGCCUGGAAGACCCUUAUGGCGGCGAAGGUAUCAUCUCAAAGGCCUGGAAGAAGCGCAAAGGUGAACACACGGGGGAACAAGAACGGGUGCAGGAAGUAGAAGAGGAGGAGGAAGAAGCAGCCGCCGCCGUCGCCGCCGCCGCAGAAGCAGCAAGAGUCGGAGCCAAAACACAGCGUAAACCUACCAUCGAGUUUACUCCUGCAAAGACUGCAGAAGGAUUGCAGGUAAUUGGUCAUCGUAGGAAAUGGACGGACCUUGGUCGUAAGGAAGGUGAUCAAUACAGCCCUUUCCUCACCCGCAGCAAAGCCCGGACCAAGCAGCAUGUGCGUACCGCUGCUCACUCGGUUGCUGUCGAGCUGUCUAUCCUGCACGAUCUCGACAAGCCCCUGGAGGCCGCCCUCGAAGCCACCGAGCACGCCAAAAUGGUUUGGACUAUGAUCAGGAAAUGCCGAAUCAACCCAGACGCCAAAUCAUUGGAUGAUGCACUCAUUUAUCCAAAAGACUCCCAACCCAAGAAAAUCCUUCACUUUGUCUUCAAUCAGCUGGGAGAACAAACACAGGAGCCGCCAAGCGGUGCGGAAGCCAAAUUUAACCAACCGGCUUCGAAAUCGCAUGCAGUGAAAAUAUCUGUCGAGCCAAAGGACAAGGGCUAUCUAUCUUUCCCUCUUACUGACCCUGCGGUCCGAUUUACCUAUCUGGCCCGUUUGGCCCAAAUCACUGGUCACCACGUUCCCGACUCGGAGAUGGCCAACAUAACAACCGUCCAACAAGUGGUUGACUAUCUCGAACAGGUAAUUGCGCCUCGCAAGAAACUGGCCGAAGAACUUUCAGCCCUGCCAUCUCGACAAGGCAUCCCGAAUCUUACCGUCAAGUUCUCGCGAUACACCAAGGCCGACCAUGACCGUGACAUUGGCAGAAGAAAGAUCAUUGAAGAAGCUCUCCGGGAACGAGGAUUGCUCAACGAACAAGACACUUCGUCCAAGUUUCGUAUUUAG